GAGAAAUUGAACACUCGAGAGGUCGCUCUGCAGAUUGGCAGUGAACUGAAAAGAUACAGCAUACCACAAUCUGUCUUCGCUCAACAGGUUCUCUGUCGAAGCCAGGGAACCCUUAGCGAUCUCUUAAGGAACCCAAAACCGUGGAGCAAGUUAAAAUCAGGCAGAGAAACAUUCAGGCGGAUGUGGAAGUGGCUGCAGGAGCCAGAGUACCAACGACUUGCAACAUUGAGGAUGAUUGGCAAGAUGACAAGUUACCACAACAACAAUAUGACAACAACGUCGUCGACUAACGCAUCCAACUCAACAGCCGCCAAAAAGCCGCGACUCGUCUUCACAGACGUACAGAGGCGAACGUUGAUGGCAAUCUUCGAGCAGACGAGGCGACCGAACAAGGAAAUCCAGACGGCCAUCGCCGAGCAGCUGGGAUUGAAAAUUUCAACCGUAGCCAACUUUUUCAUGAACGCCCGACGCAGAUCAUUCGAGAAGUACGUGGAAGAU